UGUCGUCUGCUACCGGUGUGAGGAUGUCUGGGCAGUGGUCACUCCUCUUUAUUUGGUUAUUUAUAGCACAUUUCCCCCAAUGUUCUUUCUCGAAUGAUGUCUUAGGAUGUGGAGGUUAUGUCAGAAGUGAUGUAGAGAUCAACUACUCUCAAGUUGGGAUAAAACUCUACACCAAACAAGGCAACCUGAAGUAUGAAACGGAAUGUGCACCAAACAAUGGCUAUUACUUCAUGCCCUUAUAUGACAAGGGCCAGUAUGUAAUUAAGGUUUCUCCCCCACCUGGUUGGAGUUUUGAACCAGAAGAAGUAUCAUUGAAUAUUAAUGGGGAGACUGAUGCCUGCAGCCAAGGACAGGACAUAAACUUCCACUUCAAAGGUUUUGCAGUCAUUGGGAAGGUGGUGAGUGUUGGGAAUGAUGCUGGCCCCCAGGGAGUGACAGUGUCUCUCUACAGAGGGAAGGACCUAAUUCAGACUACCCAGACCACUACUGAUGGCUCCUAUGUAUUUACUCCAUUGUCCUCAGGAACAUACAUGGUGGUGGCCUCCCACCCUUCCUGGAGCUUCAUCAGUGAUAAGGUUACAGUGGCAGUUGCUGAUGAAAAUGGGAAUGCAGGCUCUUUCUUAGUUGUUGGUGGAUAUAGUUUAUCUGGUAGUGUUACAACUGAUGGCCAGCCCACCCCAGGGGUCAGUUUCAUUCUGCAUACUCAGAGUGACAACACAGCAAUGCCAGCAUGUAAACAUGGAAGUCCUGAGGGCUACCAAAACACAAUUGGAAUGCCAGUUGUGUGCCAUGUGGUGUCUGGCACUGGUGGUGUGUUCUCCUUUAGUGCUGUGCCACCUGGGGUAUAUGCAUUAACUCCUUACUUCCAUUCAACUACCACCAAAUAUGAAGUGACACCAAGCCAACUGGAGUUAACUGUUGGGCAUGACGACUUGAUUCUCCAACAGCCAUUUAAGGUUGAAGGAUUCAGCAUGAGUGGUCGAGUAACCAAGAAUGAAGGUGGAGAGGCUGUGUCUGGAGCCAAAGUUUUGCUGGACAAGACACGUACAGCAACCACUGACAUUGAUGGAUUUUAUACCUUUGACAACAUUCAAUCAGGAAAGCACAAGAUUAAAGUUUCAGCAGAUAAGUUUGAAUUUGAAGAAGCAGUAUUGAGCAUCAACCCACAGCAGCCAGUCGUAGAUGAUAUCUCCCCAGCACGUUAUGAAGUUUGCUUCUCUGUGACUGUAGAGAAAACAGCUUCACACACUGGACCUUGGAUAAUUCAAGUUCAUAGUGAUUCUGGAGCUCAUCUGGAGGUGCAGACAGAUGUGGAGGGUCAGGGAUGCACCCACCUUGCUGCAGGUUCCUAUACUGCUGCUGUUAAACUCUCUUCAGCUGCUGAUGAGGCAGGCAUGAGAUUUGGUCCCCUUGAACAUGUGUUCAGUGUUGAGUCAGAUCCUAUUGGUCAGUUGUCUUUUUCACAGUUCUUAGGUGAGAUAUCUGGCAAGAUAACAUGUUUGGAGAAGUGUCCCGAUUUGACUGUGAUUCUCAGAUUUGCCCGGGGAGGUUCUGGUGCACCUCGAAGCACUGUUGCUGUCAAUGGAAAGUUUUCCUUAACUGAUGUUGUGCCUGGCUCUUACCAGUUAAGCGUCCAGAAAGAUGAAUGGUGUUGGAAACUUAAGACAAUACCCGUAAUUGUGAAUACACAAAAUGUUGAAGUAUCACUAGAGCAGGUAGGCUACCAACUGACACUUGCUUCCUCUCAUGAAACCACUCUAAGUUAUACUACCAGUACUGGAGCCUCUGGGACAGUGGUUGCUCAGAAAGGCAGCACAUUAGUGUGUAUGUCUGCCUCUGGUAUAUACACCCUCACACCUGUUGGUUGUCAUAAGUUUGGAUCAGCACAGAUUCAAUGGGACACAGCUUCACCAAGUCUUGUAACUUUAUCAGCCACCAAGCACCAACUGACUGGGGCUGUUAGAGCUACAGAAGUGGCACCCUUCACUGUUGGAGUGAAAUCUGGUAGUCAGAUUAAUAUUUUGGGACCUCUCAAUCCAUCCCCAGAAGACCCACACCUCUAUGUAUUUGAGCAUUGGGUGCGUGAAGGUGAAACCAUUACUUUGACUCCAGGCUCCCCCACCAAUUUGUAUCAGUAUGAACCAACAUCUCAUACUAUCACAAUGCCAGCAGACUGUGUGCUUGACACAGUUACUUUUCAGGCAGAACGUGCUCUUUUCAUUCAUGGACGAGUAACACCUCCCAUAGGUGGUGUGACUAUCAAUGUUGAAGGUAAUGGAAAUAUUCACACAUACACUACCGAUGCAUCAGGGAAGUACACAGCUGGUCCUCUUGACAAUUCUGUUCAGUACACUGUUACAGCUGAAAAGAAAGGCUAUGUGAUGAAUGCCCUGAGUGAGAAAGGACAUUUUGAAGCUUACAAACUAGCAGAAGUCGUUGUAUUAGUGAAGGAUGAGAAUGGAGCAUCUUUGCCUGGAGUUCUUGUAUCGAUGUCUGGCGGAAAAAGCUAUCGACAAAAUAGUCUGACGGAGAAUGAUGGCACAAUUGGUUUCCUUUCACUGACGCCUGGUGACUACUUCCUCCGACCCAUGAUGAAGGAAUACAUGUUUGAUCCACCUUCUAAGAUGGUUACUGUGGAUGAGGGAGCUACAAUUAUGAUGAGUAUCAGCGGAUCACGUGUAGCUUACAGUGUUUACGGACAAACUGUUUCCCUGAUUGGAGAACCUGAGUCUAAUGUUGUGGUGGAGGCAGUAGGUAAAGGCCAUGAUUGCAAGCAGUACCAGGAGGAAGCUGCCUCUGAUGAACAGGGUAGCUUCAGGAUACGAGGAUUGCUACCAAAGUGUCAGUAUGAGCUGAGACUGAAGGCUGGAAGUGGCAUUAAUUUGCACGUUCAGCGAACCUUGCCAGCCACCCGUACAGUUCACACUGACAAUGAAGAUGUACGUGACUUGAAACUCAUAGUGUUGCGGCCAUUCAACCAGAUGGAUGUUGCUGCAAAGGUGGAUACAGAUCCCCAACACCUAUCCUCUUUAGUGGCACAUCUGUACCGUGAGGAUCUUCCUGACUCUCCCAUUCACACCAUCAAACUGGGCCUUCAUCCAUACUUUAUGUUACCUCCAAUGACUGCAGACAGACGCACUUACUACAUACGCUUGGAAUCCAACCUACCCACUUCUCAGUAUCAAUUUACUAUCCCAGAAAUCACUUUUGUUGCUGAUUCUGCAUUUAAGCAUGUGAACCUCAGUUUUAAGCCAGUAUUAAGAGGUGUAGAUGCAGAAAUGAGUCAAGGAACAGUGGUGGGCUUUGCUAUUGCUAUUGUUUUAGUAACUAUAGCUUUUAAUUAUGACAAAAUGGGUCCAAUGGUGGAAAAGGCUUCAGAGAUAAUAACUAGUUUCUCUGCACCCAGAGCAACUCAAAAAUCUUCAUCAGUUUCAUCAGAUAUACCUGUCAUUGAGGCAGUAAGGAAGAAGGUGAAAUCAAGAAAAGUGUAGCAGUCAGAUAUGAGUAAUACAGUACAUAUGAAUGAGGGAGAAUCAGGUACAUAUUUCCUUUGAAAAAAGGUAUAUUGCACUGCUUUAGUGGUAUACUUAUUAUGUUUGUAUAUGAAGUUGGCAAAAAUGAAUUUGUUUAGUUUUGUUUGUACCCCUGUAUUGUUUGAUUUUCUGUAUUAAGAUUUAUAAGAUUCAUAUUUUUUAUUAUUAACCUAGAUUUGUGAAUAUUGUCCAGCCAUCAAAGUAGCAUGCAGUAUAUGCUGAAAGUCAUGAUUGUAUAAACUAAGAAUUGAAUACUGGAUAAAGAUGUUUUUGAAAUUUGUUUGCCUUAUUUAGUAUAGAUUUUAUACUUUUAAAUGUCUUUUUAUAAUCUGUCAUUUUAGAAUGACUUUGUGUAAGCCAGGGCCAAACCAAAUCACUAACUAACUAACUCCCCUCAUGAGUCAUGACAACCAUCACCCUCAAAAGGGAGGUUAAAAGGCAAAGUUGCUAUAAAGCUGGAAGCCUGGUGAAACAUUGUGUCACAGCUUGCAGCACAACACAUACCCCAGCUGUCUUUCAGCUGCAAAAUAGUUUGCAAUACCACUCCUACACCCCAGCAAAAUUUCUUGUCUCUCACCAGUCAGGUUGAAAGAAUUGAGUUCCAGCCUUUUUUUUUUUCACGGGUUUGUGGGACUAGUCUUCCACUGUGCAAGUUUUUUUCUUUGGUCAAGACAGGAUUUGUGCCUGCCUUUUCCCUUCAAGUGUUAUGUAGGAACAGGCUAGUGCAGUCAGUUUUAUAUUUUUAUACAAUCUUUCAUAGGUUGUGGAGAACCCCACCCUUGCUUUUAAGAGGAGUGCACUAAUAUAGUCUGAAGUAAAACUGACUAGGGGGGGCUUAUUGUCUUUCCCCACUUGAGAAUGUAUUGGAGCUUAAUAACUGGCUACUCCAGGUUAACACUCAUGGGGUUUUCAUACGCAAAAUAAUGUAUGAUAUAAAACCACUUAAGGGUUUUCAUACACAAAAUUAUGUAUGAUAUAAAGCAUCACUAGGGUUUUCAUAUGCAAAAUAAUGUAUGAUAUAAAGCAUUGCUUUAGGGUUUUCAAAUGCAAAUUUGCAUAUGAAGUAAAAAAAAUGAAAAAUAUUAUAUUUGUGUAUGCGCAAGACACAUAUUUGGCAAUGUUGACGCGAUAUGGCAAUUAUGCAGACUGCCCUCCAAGGUUAAGUUACCACACCAGUCUCCCUCUGUGUUUCAACGAUGCAGGACAUAACCUUGAUCCACAUUUCCCACACACUUUCUUGUGGCUUGAGCCGAUUUCUCGUUUAUCACAGUGAUUUCAUUUAUUCAUAACAGUGUUGUGUGAGUUUUGAACCAUGCCUCGUGUUGCUGGUGAGGGUGGAGGGAUGGGAAAACAUAAAAAGUGCAAGGAGAUUGCACCACAUAGUGAUAGUGAGGUGCCUCCUGAUGCCUUCUACUUGCACUUAAAUAUAGAAAUAAUUAUUUUAUGGUGAAUAAUUAUAUGAAACUGUUUGUAGACUAUUUACAAUGUUAAUGCAACAUAUCCCACCUUUUUAUCUCAAAUAACAAGCUUGCUAUGACUCAUUAUGUUCAAUUAUCUUCCGUGCGGUGCAGUCACGUGCGUCUUGCAAGAGAGCGCCUACCCAUACCCAAGAGUGUUAAGGUGCUUCAGUGAGAGUAAGGUUCAUUGCAUUUUUUCCCCAAAUUUGAACUACAAGACUACUCUGUUCGUUUGACUUUCGUGAACUGUAACCAAGAAGCACCCCUUGAGGGAUACUUAGGUCAUAAGAGCCUUAAGUUCCAUUGCUCUCCUUAACAUGUAAAAAUUAUCUAGCUUGUUUCACAUGUAAUUUAAUAUAACAGUAUAUAGCUUGCUAUAUAUUUUGUGUUGCUGUUUUUGGCCUAGGAGUACUAUUCUCAUAGAUAAGAUUGUGUUGGUCAGAUCUAGACUUGGAGCCUCCUGGAAUUUUGGGUUUAUAAAGCCAUCAUCAGCAGUUACAUAAUUUGGUUAUUUUUGAUGAUGCAUUUACUUGUCAUGCAUCUUUCUAGCUGUCCAGGGCUGCACCAAGGGGUUUGCAUGGGGUAGGGGACUUCUAAGGUUAGUUCAUGUGACUAAAAUCAACUUGGUGGAGCAAAAUUCCUGGAGAGGAAUAUGUUGCACAAUACAUAGCUGGAAUUUCUUUCACCCUCCUCCCUUUUCACAGAUUACUGCCAGAACACAAGUUGUUCUAAAAUGGAAAUUUAAUCCCGAAAACCCUUAAUAUAACCGAGUCAUUGAGGAACAGUUUAUGUCCUUUCCACCUCCAUGGGAUGCCUCUGCUAAAGAUGGAGUGAGGGUGUUGUACUAUGAACUUAGUUUUUAGCCUAGAGAUUUAGGGAACAGGUUGUAUGGUGACCUGUGAAGCAAAGUAACUCAUCAGGCUCCUAAAUUUUGGGCAACCUUUACAUUAAAGAACAAUGAUAGCUGCUGUGGAAUAGAUUACCCUUUGGAUUAACCAUGAACACCUUAGUUUGGAGUUACAUUAGUCAAAAUGGCCCCCAGCUGUGGUGGCACUGAUAUACAAAUCAUUCCUCAAGGGCUCUAUAAAAUAAAAUUUUAGGAUCCUUUCAUUUUUAUACAUGAAUUUCCAUAGCAUCUUAUUCCUAGUAAGACCAAUGUUAUUAGAUAAAAUGUGACAAUUCAUAUUGAAUUUCAUCAUUCCAUAAGUUGAUGCUGAAGUGACUUUGGCUUUUCAUUUUAGACAUGUCUUCAGUAAAGUAUAAAAUUUCUGAACAUAUAAGCAUUGUAAUGAAAAUUUGACUUGCACAAGAUAUACAGUAUUGUCAUUGUUAAAUAAAAAUGUCUCAUUGUU